UGGUGGAUGGUGGAAACCGGGAAAAGAAUUAGUAACAAGAAGACGGAAAACAAACAAAGUUCAUAGUAGACAACGACAAUGGAAUAAUUAACUUUUCUAUACAUGUAUUAAUUGUUUGUAAUGAUAUCUUUGUCUUACGCAAAGUACCACAUUAAGGAAUGAUUUUUAUUAAUGCCCCGUAAAGCCAUAAAGACAGAGAAGCCUCCAUUGCUGUUCCUGGAGCGGUCUUUGUGUGGAGCCAGACUCCAAAAUGUGCCUGAAGUCCGAGCAGCACUCAAUCCCAAAGAAUUUUUUACAGAGACACAAGAACACAGCAGCUCAGUUCUUAAUUCUUGGGUAAGCCCACAAUUUGACAGUUCAGUUGCAGCUGCAGCUGCACCUCCAGUGAGGCGCGGAAGGAGAAAAUGCCACUCUGCCACAAGCAUCCUUGACAGUUGCAGUCAGCUAUCCAGGAAAAACAGUGUGUGCAAAUUCCCAUCAUUAUCGUUUCAGACAAGGUCAAGAGACCAGUCUCAUCAACCAAAGAGUACACGCACAAAGAAAGCUACAGAGUGUACUGUUGUGUCUGAUGUGGGAAAUCAACAACGGGGAUCAUGCCAAAUCAAAAGGACAAUUUCAAGUGCACAGUACUCAGACACGCCAAAGAGACAGAUGACCUCAAUCAGAAAAGGAAAUGUGGAGAGAUUUUCUGAGGGUGUUGCAUCCUCCAGCAGUUGUUUGGACCAACCUGACACUCAAUCUAUUCAAGUGACAGAGAGAUGCAGAAUUCCAGAAGAUGGUGCUUCAACACCUGCCUCAAAUGAGUUCAGCAGCACCACUGAGUUCAGCAGUCUCGGUCCACCACCUGAUGUGGACACUCCAAAAGUAAUGCAAGAAGGGAAUAGUUGUCCCUCCUCCGCCUCCCUGCACCUGCUACUGCCUCAGCCAUGUACACCACCAUGUAAUCAGCCGCCUGACAUUUUGGUGGCAGACACACCAGAGAGGGAUUAUGGGGUGAAGGUGACAUGGAGGAGGAGGAGGGGUUUGAUGUUGUUGUUAAAAGAGAGGGGCCACCUCUCUGAUUCAGACAUGUUAAUUUACAGCUGACUUAGAGAGUUGGUAAGAAGAGGAUUAGGCAAUGAUGUCAACAGAGAUGAGAUGUUGAGUAUUUAUUGGACCACUUCCGUGACCAGAAUUCUUUCUAUGAACUAUUUUUGUUGGACUGAACGGAGCUGCUGCUGCUGCUGCUGCUGCAGCAUUCUAAAGUGAUGGUCACAUUUCAGUUCACUGACUGUUUACGUUGUUUAACUUUGAUUGAAGCUCAUAAUGAAAAGCAGAGCACGUUAUGAAAUUACUCUCACCCACCCCCCUCUGCACAGCCCUGGUACUUUGACAGAUUGUCAGAAUCAAAUAAUCAAAUCAAAUAAUGAACCAAAUGAAUCAAAAUUGCAAUUAUUACUGCAAUAUCCAAGUAGCAAGCUUUUUCCAUAAGUGAGAAUAUGUUUAUACAGAUCCCAAUUAUACUGUAAAGCUACAGAUUGUUUGUGAGCAACAACUUAAAACUUAAAAUCCCUUUUUGUCUUUCAAAUGUGUUGCAUAAAAUAUAUGGAAUAAAUGUAUAAGUCCAAGGAGCAAACUAAAUUCUUGGUUUAUUAAGACUUCUCUCAGGCUACAAUUAACAU